GUGGCUUCUGCAACGACCUUUACCAUGAGUUUCAUCCCUCUCAUCUUCCUCACCCUCACCCUCCUCUUCCCUUCUUCCAUCUCUCAAAACUUCAGUGCUCCUGCCCCCGUCAGUCCAGACCACGCUUGCAACUUCACUACCGAUCCUUCCUUCUGUCAGUCCCUCUUGCCCAGUCAGUCCCUCUCCAACUUCUAUGGCUAUGCCCAGUACCUUAUCAACAAGUCCUUACAGCAGUCAGCCACCUUCUCUUCCCUCAUAAACGAGACCAUAAGAGAUAAGGCUGCCCUCACCCCACGAGCGGCAGCGGCUCUCGAGGAUUGCCUGCUGCUCUCCGAACUCACCACCGAUUUCUUGGUUAACUCCCUCUCCACCCUCGACUCCUGCGACUCCACCACCCUGGCCGAGGACCAGGCAGACCUGGUCCAUACCCUCAUGAGUGGCAUCAUCACCAACCAGCGCACUUGCUUGGAUGCCCUCACCCAGGCGUCCUUCUUGCAGCGCGGUCAUAAGUUGUAUGCUCCGUUGAUGAAUGGCUCUCAGCUCUACAGUGUGUCGCUCGCCAUGCUCACCAACUCCUGGCCCUUCAAGCACAAGAAGGCAGUCGACCCUGGCAGGAAGUUGCUGGACGACCUGAGAGUAGGCAGCGAUGGCGCUCCUCAUUGGGUGAACCGGAACAUCUUUCAUUUCGCCGCCGGAAGGAGGAUGGCGCUGCAGACGGUGGGCAGCGUGGUGGUGGCUCAGGAUGGCAGCGGCAAUUACCGCACCAUUAGUGAAGCGAUUGCUGCUGCUCCGGCCAACGACGGGAGCAAGGGUUACUAUGUGAUCAACGUGAAGGCAGGAGUGUACCGGGAAUACGUCACCAUACCCACGACUAUGAAGUACAUAAUGAUCGUUGGUGACGGAAUCGGCAAGACCAUCAUCACUGGCAACCGUAACGUCGUCGACGGAUCUACCACUUUCAACUCUGCAACUCUCGCUGUGCUGGGCCAAGGCUUCGUAGCGAUCGGUAUCACCGUCAGGAACACGGCGGGGCGAACCAAGGGCCAAGCGGUUGCUGUUCGAAAUGGUGGCGACCUCUCCGCUUUCUACCGCUGCAGCUUCGAGGGCUACCAAGAUACUCUCUACGCCCUUUCCCUCCGUCAGUUCUACAGAGACUGCGACGUCUACGGCACCGUAGACUUCAUCUUCGGCAACGCGGCAGCCGUCUUCCAGAACUGCAACCUCUACGCCCGACUCCCUAACGGAAAUGUCAAUACCGUCACGGCUCAAGGGAGGUCCGACCCCAAUCAGAACACCGGCACCUCCUUCAUCAACUGCAAUGUCCUGGCUGCUCCUGAAUUAUCCGGGAAAUCCGUCAUAACUUUUCUUGGCCGGCCAUGGAGGCAGUACUCAAGAGUAGUGUUCAUGAAGUCUAACCUUGGUAGCUUGAUUGAUCCAGCUGGUUGGUCUGCUUGGACCGGAAAUUUUGCGCUCGAUACGUUGUAUUAUGGGGAGUACGACAACCGAGGCCCUGGUUCCGCCACUGCUGGAAGGGUUAAGUGGCCCGGAUUCCAUGUGAUGGCUGCCAAUGAUGCCAAACGUUUCACUGUGUCUAGUUUUGUGCAGGGUGGUGCUUGGUUGCCUAGAACGAUUGUGCCAUUCACAGCUGGGCUGCUUUAGAUCAGUAGAAAUCCUGCUUGCUUGUCUUUCAUUCGUUUGAUUGUUGAUGUAGGUGUGAGUUAGAAGAAGGGGCAAAGAUAUUUGCAAGUUGGAUUUGAAGAUGGAAUUGU